CCGUCAACAUACUCAAGGCCUGUGUUGAUACCAUGAUUUAGGGCCAUGAUUCUGUAGGAUAUCGUGCGAUCCAUGUGAAAACCAACAAAAUUUUUCGAAACGAUCUCGAUUAUCAGGUCAUCGCAGCUAUCUCUAAGAGCGUAGCACAGUGGAUUUUGUUGAGUAUGGCCCGCUACAUCGCAUCCCUUAUCGUCGUAGGUUUUUUGCUCUUCAAACAUGCGACUUACGCCGAUCCCGAUCCAUCCAUCUUUGGUAGCUUGGGUGACAAUUCCGUAUGGAACGCUCCUGUUUUGAGUCACAUAAAAGCUGGGGUGGAUACGGUUUCGGAUAAGUUCCAACAGUUUCUCGCGUUCAUGAGAGAGUAUGGGAAAACAUACACAAGCAAAGAAGAGCUAGAAAAGAGAUUUCACAUCUUCCAAGACAACAUGAAAACGGUCAAAGAGCUUAACGAGGAGAAUAAGGGUAGAGCCUCGUUUGGGAUCACUGAAUUCUCGGACUUGACACCGGAGGAGUUCAAGCGGACAAGAUUGGGACUGAAACGCAAAACUGAGCAUAAAGAUGACACGAAUUAAAUAAUUACAUCCUACCACGGUUUAAAAUAUUAACGCGAAAGAAUUAUGCCCCAAAGCAUCUAAAGUUCAUUCUAAAAUCUUCGCGCGAGGUAUCACACCCUCACCGAUUCCGGCAUUUUUUGGAACAUUAUCUAGCCACUGACGAUUUUUACAGUAAAAACUGUUGUGAAAUCGCUUUCUGACUGCUACAUAUAUAUACAAAUUGUUCGAAUUAAAAAAAUAAAACACAGACAAAUCCAGGA